CGACCUACAGCAACACCUCAACCACACGACCUACAGCAAACACCUCAACCACCACGACCUACAGCAGCACCACAACCACCACGACCUACAGCAACACCUCAACAACCACGGGACUACAGCAGCACCACGACAACCACCGAAACAGAGAAGACCAUAAAGAAUGAUGGGAGAGUCUGCAACCAAGGGUCUAGUUACCUUCGAUGAGAGUCAUGUCAACAUCAAGCUUCCCAACAGGUGUCGGCGAUGUCACUUCUUCAACGAGGACCCUAGUGCUCCUUCCCUGAGGGAGAGUUAUGUCAUACUUCUGCAGCUGAUGAUGACCAAAUCCAUAGGGGACGUGUGCUUCCUGCUGUGUCUAGCCCUGCCUUGCCUGGCCCUCACGGUGGUGUCACUGACAAUGCUGAUGCUAGCAGGGUAUGGCACUCUCGCCGGGGCACUCUUCCACAGCGGUGUCUUUCUCUUCAUGACGUGGGUGUGUGUGGUGAGGUACUUCGGGCGUCGAUACUCCACAGUGUACUCCACUGAGAAGGACCUACUCCACCUCAACGCUCCCAUUGUUAUGUGACUACGGGGAGGACCACGUGUGCAUGACUGUUUCACUGCACUGAGGACCACGUGUGCGUGACUGUUUCACUGCACUGAGGACCACGCGUGCGUGACUGUGUUUCACUGCACUGAGGACCACAUGUUACAUCAGCAUCAUGUCACUGCCUGGCCUGAGCAGUUUAAUAUCAUGUUGGAAAUGGUAUAAAAUACCGAAAACUUUAUGAUUAAGACACAUGUGCAACAGUUGGCUAUCUUUAUUGUUGAAACGGUUCGCCUACACAGUAGACUUCGUCAGUCAAAUACAGAGGCAGCAGAUGUAGUUGUGAAAUGAAAAUGUAAUCAGUCCAUGAACCUUGGAGAAAUGGUAUUUGAGGUGGU